CUGAAUAUGGAAAAAUAUUAGGGAGUUAAAAAAAGUAACUUCUGGGGUCAAACAUAAACAAGACAAAUGAGCCUACCGGCCCGUCGGCGUAACUUCUGACCGGCGGCAAUGGAGAAUCCGGGAAUCCAAGACAGGCUCUUUGAGUUUCACCAGUCGGGUAUUUACCAUUUCGAUAAUUCAACAGCCGUAUUCAUCGAUCCGGUUCGUGUCCUCAACCGGUCUUACUCGCGAUUCACAGUUUCACCGUCUGCUUACUACUCUCGUUUCUUCGAAGACUCCGGCGACAAACCGGUUCAGAAACAAAUUGAAGGUUCCCGAAAACGAAAGCGGAAAAAGGAGAAACAACUUCACCCUCUCACCGAAACGGAACAAAUCGCCGAACAAAGACACCAGAAGGCAAGGCCGUUUCUGUUGAGGGCUCAUGAAGCUUUGCUUGAAGCUACUGAACUUUUGGGAGUUUUGCGAAAUUUGAGGAAUGAUGAAUUUACUGAAGAGGGGAGCUUACAGAAGAUGGAAAACGAUGAUCUUGACUUUGUUCAGCUAGGAAGUGUUUGGCAGGCACCAUUAUGUGAAAUUUGUCUUCAUUUAGACCAAGAUAAUGUUCCCGCCGAAGAAGGGGCUGUAGGACUUGUCCCAUGUAGCGAGGGAAUGUCUAUGCCAGUGUUUAACAAUCUUGUUAUGAAUGAAAGUGCCAAUGAUGUGGAGGCUGAAAUUUUGAAUCACAGAUACAUCAUGCCUAAGAAGAGCUGCUUCUACAUGUCAGACUUGAGGGACAUUCAUAAUCUAGUACCAGCUGAAUCGGAUUGCGGCUUCAAUCUCAUAUUGAUCGAUCCACCAUGGGAAAACAGCAGCGCGCAUCAGAAACUGAAGUACCAAACUUUGCCAAACCGACACUUCUUAUCCCUUCCUAUCAAGCAACUCACACAUACAGGUGGAGCGUUAGUAGCAUUGUGGGUGACUAACAGGGAGAAAUUACGUAGGUUUAUAGAGAGUGAAUUAUUUCCUGCAUGGGGACUCAGAUAUGCAGCUACAUUUUACUGGUUGAAGAUAAAAGCAGAUGGCUCAUUAAUUGGUGAACUGGAUCUCUUUCAUCAUAGGCCAUAUGAAUGCCUUCUCCUGGGUUAUAGUAUCCAGCAGGAUGCAGAUAUAGGUAAAUUGCCGGGCCAUAAACCUCUGCCUAAUAAUCAAGUGUUUAUCAGCGUUCCUGGUGAUUAUUCAAGGAAACCCCCUCUGGGAGAUAUGCUGCUGGAGUAUGCACCUAGUUGUGGAGAUACUCGUUGCUUAGAACUAUUCGCUCGGGAAUUGAGUGCGGGUAGGUGUUGCUGGGGAAACGAAACUCUUCGCUUUCAAGAUAGAAAAUAUUUUUCAACAAGGGGAAAUGUACGAACUCCAUGAAAAUGUUCGUCAACGCAAAUGGAGUUUGCGACUUGUCUGAAGUGCUUCUACAUGCUUUAGGAUCAUGGGAAAUGUUGUCUCGUAUUACUGUGCAACAGGAUGGUUCAGGGGUUAACAAUUGUGUUUCUUUCAAUGCGUCAGAAAUGUUUGUACAACUGAUGAUAGUAGUAAUUAGUAAAGAUGGAAAUUACCAGACCUGCAAAUGGUCUCGGGUUUUUGUUAGUAAAUGACAACCCUUUCCCUGUAUUAUUGUGGGAUUGGGUUGGUUCAGAGUUGUAUCACAAACUGCAUAUAGCUUCUUACGAAGCAUUGGUAAAGAAAAAAUAAAAAUCUGAGAGGGUGCUUGAUAGCUGAUGGUGCCUUUUCAUAUUUUGCUCAUCUUUUAUCCCUA